ACUGUUUAUACCAUGGCUCAGUUUCCAUUCCCACAACUGGCAGAGUUAAGGGAGAAGUACACGUACAACAUUACUCCUUUCCCUGCAACAGUAAAAUCAACUUCACUUUCAGGAAGGCUAGGCAGAACCAGAGACAGUGAUGAGGAGAAUGACCUAGAUGAUGAAGACUCGAUUGCCAAUGCAAUUGGCUGUCUUGGACCAUUAAGUGGGUUUUUGGCACCAGAGCUCCAAAAAUACCAAAAGCAGAUGAAAGAUCAGAAUGAAGAACAAAGUCUGGGUUCCAGUAACAUUGCAGAAUUAAGUCCAGGAGCAAUAGACUCUUGCCGAAGCGAGUAUCAUGCUGCUUUCAACAGCAUGAUGAUGGAGCGUAUGACCACUGAUAUUAAUGCACUGAAAAAGCAAUAUUCCAGGAUAAAGAAGAAGCAGCAACAGCAGGUUCAUCAUGUGUAUAUCAGAGCAGGAUCUGAAGAUGACGAACCUGGGAUUUUUUUAGGUCCCAGGGACCAGCUGAACAAUGACAAAGGGCCAGUUACCAGCCUCCUCCCUUCUCAGGUAAACCAUUCCCCGGUGAUAAACCACCUCCUUUUAGGAAAGAAGAUGAAACUGAAUAACAGAUCUCUCAAAAAUGCUGUUAUUCACAUCCCAAGUCAUGCUACAGGGAAGAUGUCUCCCAUUCCCCAAGAAGAUCUUAAAACAAAACUGAACUCUCCGUGGCGCACUCACAUACGAGUUCAUCGAAAGAACAUUGCUAGGGCCAAAGGCCAGCUGGGCUAUGGGGAUACCAUAGGACUAAUAGAUGAGCAGAGCGAGAGCUGUAAGACAAAUAGUCCGGGUGCAAAGGAGGAGACUUCCAAACAUUCUGACUUUGGAGAAAGAGGAGGAGGUGGUUUGGAUGACAGGACUACUCGACAAGCUGACCGGCGGUCGUCUGAGCCCGUCUUUACAGACAGCAGUACGAACGUGUCGGUGGUUCAGCUAAAACUGGAAGCACUGGAACUCACAUCGGAUAACAAAACCGAUGCUGAGUCAACAUCCCUUCCGUCCGGCCAGCCACGUUUAUCAGAGUCCUCCAGUUCAUCCAGCGACAGUGGAAACCUGGCUAAAUCUCCCCAGCCUGGGAACCCAAAGCCACAAGUCUUCAAUCCUUUUCCCAGUGUCAAGCCUCUUCGAAAGUCAGCUACGGCCAGGAAUUUAGGGCUGUACGGCCCCACUGAAAGAACGCCAACCGUACACUUCCCACAAAUGAGCAGAAGUUUCAGUAAGUCUGCCAGUGGCAACAGUGGGACCAGGAAACGAUGA